CCCUUACCCGCGAAUAACCCAUCCAUCCAUGUGAGAUGAGUGCGUGCGACGGUUCGGGAACGGUUUCGCGAACGUCUGACGCCCCCGCUUUCCAAUUCGAUGUCAUGCCAAAGAUAACGACGCCGCCGUCGACGGUGACGCCUAUGCUGGCGUCGGCAGCGCGGGCGAAAACGACGAGAGCGGUUAAAAUUGAAAAUAAAUGGCCGGCGGCAGAGGCAACGGCGUUCAGUUAUCAGCGAGCAGCGGAGCAGAUUAGAGCUACAGCCAAGGCGACAACACCCACAAUAACCACCCGACAGAGAACUGGAUUAAACGAGAUCUGCGCUGGCAAUCAUCCAUGUGAAGAGCUCUCCAACAAGUUGGCCCUUCGCAAGGCUCAAUUGAAGGCGGCCUUUUUUGGCAUCAACGCAGUAACGGAGUACAACAGCAGCAGCACUACUUACCGCACCGCUUACCGCAGCAGCACCACCACUUACCCGAAAAGCAAGCCGGUGCAACAGCUGAUCCAUCACUACCAGGCCAUGAUUGUCCAGCAGCAGCAGCAGCAGCUGAGCGAGGGGGAGCGGGAUCGGGAGCCCAAGGUGCUGGCCUCCAAUUCGGACGAGGGCUGCAAUGUCACCGGCGGCGGACUGAGUCCCUACAGCAGUGACAACGAGGACAACACACUGUCGCCGCGCCAGCGCAAGCCGAAGGUCACCCGUUGUGCCAGCAGUGACUCGGCUUUGGGUCUCGAUGUGGACGAUGGCCUGGCCAUGGAUGUGGGCAUGAUUCCAGUGCAGCGACGCAACACACUGACCGUCACGGAUCUGCCCCUGCGACCGGCCCUCCUGCCCCUGGCCGAGCCCACAGCCCUGCCCGAUUCACCGCUUACCUCGCCCACCGGGGGCGCCAAUUCGAGUGUUGUGGGCGUGCCCACGAAGGUUCUGCUCGAGGAGCGAGUGGUGGCCGCCCCGGGAUCGCGUCGCGAAUCCACCCAGAGCUCCUACAGCGAACUGGGCGGCAGUGGACUGCCCCUGGGGGUGCGCUAUGUGCGUACACCCUCGGUGGUGGUCAGUGACUACUCGGAUGACAUAACCGCCUGCGGGAUCAGCAUGGAGGAGAUGGAGUACUUUCGCCUGCAGCGGGCGCGUGUCCAGCGUCGCUGCUCCCUGGAGGCGGGACAUGGUCAUGGUCAUGGACAUGGAGGAGGAGGAGGAUCGGGAGGAGCGGCGGGAAUGGCGCCAGGAUGCGCCAAGGACGAAGGCCAGUCGGAUGUCAGUGCGGCAAGCAGUUGCAGCAACCUGUACUACUGCGGAUCCACCAUUUCCGCCCUAGACGGCGGCGAGUGCAUCGUCAACGGCAUCCGGGUGGCGCUGGCCAGGAAGAGCAGCACCCAGAGCAGCAGCCUCAGCGGCGAGGAGGAUGGCGAUGAUGUGGAAGAGGAUGGCGAUUUGGAGGAUCUAGAGGAUCGCGACGAGGAGGAGGAGGAUUACGAGCGGGGGGAUCACGAUCACGAUCACGAUUGUGAGCGGGAGCGACAGAUCAGCGAACUCCUGGCCGCCACGCAGCUUGGCGAUCGUCAGCGGGAUCGAUCCAAGAAGGUAGGCGCCCGCAAUGACGUCACAAACCAGGGAAAUCUCAAACUAGACUAGUAUAUAUAUGAAGGGUGUCCUUCAGCAGAAGCAGCAGCCUAGUAAAAUUAAUAUUAAUCUUUUUUUUUUUGUGGCAUUUUCGAAGGCAUAAAAGAGCAGUGAAUGAGGGCAGGUCUGAAUGGCAGCGAAAGAGAUAAGAAAGUUGGUGCAUAUACACAGGGAGAAAAUCCCACUAUGUUGUUUUAGAGCAGUAUUAUAUCUUCUAGUUUAUGAACUGCAUAAUAACUUUACAAGAAACAAGGAAACCAAAAGAAAAAGGAAAAGACUAUGAUAAUAAGACUUAUAACAAUAUAUUCAUUAAAUAUAAAACAAUUUUGUUUUAAUGAACUUGA